GUUAGAACAGAGUGGACUUUAUUCUUAAUUAAUAUUAGUGAUGAUUGGUAAACAACACCUUACCUGAAAGCACAAAAUUUCUGUAGAAGAAAAUGGUAUAACUGAAAUUUAUUCUUGAAUGCAAGGGCUUUCUGGUCAGUAAAAAAAAUAUUUGAAACCCAGUGGCCGUUUGAAACCCCCGAAGAAACCUCGAAACAAUCUUCAAUGCAACCAAUUCAACAAUUCCAAACACGACCUAAAGAAACAGAGAUUCAAAGGGGAUUUUGUUGCUGCACCGGCGGUGGUUGUUUCCGGCGAAAGAAAUUUCCGGAGAAGAUAAGAAGAGGAGGGAUGACGGAGGCCGAGAGAAACCGGGAGCAUCAGUUGUGUUUGUUGGAUUUCUUGUUAGCAGCUUUGAGGAAAUCGAUGGUGUACUGCCGUUUUGAUGGAAAGGAGGAGGUGAAAUCUACAGUUCAUGCUAUGGAAAUUGGAUGGCCUACGAAUGUUCAGCAUCUUACUCAUGUUACUUUCGAUCGGUUUCAUGGGUUUUUGGGUCUUCCUGUUGAGUUUGAAGUGGAAAUCCCUUGUAAAGCACCCAGUGCCAGAGGGAGUAAUUGUCACGCGAGUCUCCUUGUAACCAACUGGAGCAUGUUCAUGAUUCAUCACCUUGCUGUCAGUGUUUUUGGUAUCUCCGCAGAGUCAAUGCAGUGUUCUUAUGAUACAAGAGGCAACAGUGUCCCCACUAUUCUCUUGUUAAUGCAGGAACGUUUAUACUCACAAGAUGGUCUAAAGGCUGAAGGAAUUUUCCGAAUAAACCCAGAGAAUAGCCAUGAAGAGCAUGUAAGGGACCAGCUCAACAGAGGCAUUGUGCCUGACGACAUUAAUGUCCAUUGUUUGGCUGGACUCAUCAAAGCUUGGUUCCGAGAACUUCCAGCAGGUGUGCUUGAUGGGCUUUCACCUGAACAGGUAUUGCAAUGCAACACUGAGGAGGAAUUUAUUGAGCUUGUGAAUCAGCUUAAGCCAACUGAGACCGCAUUGCUCAAGUGGGCAAUUGAUCUUAUGGCUGACGUUGUUGAGCAAGAGGAAACCAACAAGAUGAAUGCCAGAAACAUUGCUAUGGUUUUUGCCCCAAAUAUGACACAGAUGUCUGAUCCAUUGACAGCACUCAUGCAUGCUGUUCAAGUGAUGAACUUACUGAAGACCCUGAUUGUGAAAACACUAAGAGAACGUGGAGAGACAGAAGGUGGAGGAUAUUCUCCCAUGUCAUCUAGUUUCUCUGAUAGACAAACUGAGAAGGAAUUUGACACCCAACAAGAGAUGGAGAAUAGAUGUGAAUCACCAGGGCCAGCAUCAGAUGAUGAUGAACAACCUCAUUACAGCUACAACAGUGAAGACAGAGAUGAAAUCGAGUCAUUGAGUGAGAUAGAAAGAAGCUUCCUACGACAAGUGGAUGAGAACAAUCAUGCAAAAAAUGACUUCCGGAAACAACUACAAGGAAUUUUGUGUAGCGAACACAAACCCACGAGUGCCUCCACCAUCAGUGGAGAUCCUUUUUCAUCUACUCAAUAAUCAAAACAGGAGUUCAGGCUUGAGCACUAGCAAUAGUAAAGACUCAAGAGCAACUUCUGUUUCUGUGGGGUUAAAGGUGCAAGCAGAUUAACUGGAGCAUGUAGGAGCACAAAAGAUGUCAAUAUGGUAAGUAAGAUGUGAACAUGGUAGAGUCUGCUGUUCUAUGUAGUUAGUUGGCUGUCUCAUCCAAACUGGUGCGAUUGAAUCUAUUCCGGUGAUGCUUCUUUUAGGAGUCCUGAAUCUCUAUAUCAUCAGUGAAUGGUUGUUUUAUGUAAAAAGUUGCUAUGCUUAGUCUAGACACAGAAUGGUUUCCCUUUGUUUUAUCAGCAAAGGAUCUCUAAUGAAAAGGCGACGAUUCACAUAAAGAACAUAGUCUUUUGGUUUAACAAGAUUAUUGGUUGUUCUUUCAUUUA